AUGAUGCUGCUCGCCAUGCUCUGUGGCCUGCUAGCCUCAAGACCCGGUUCUCAAAAUUCAUUUCUGCAAAUUGUAGUUCCAGAGAAAAUCCAAACAAAUACAAAUGACACUUCAGAAACAGACAACACUAGAUGCUACUAUCAAGGAAAUAUCGAAGGAUAUCCGAAUUCCGUUGUCACACUCAGCACGUGUUCUGGACUGAGAGGAAUACUGCAAUUUGAAAAUGUUUCUUAUGGAAUUGAGCCUCUGGAAUAUGCAGUUGAAUUUCAACAUCUUCUUUACAAAUUAGGGAAGGAAAACAAUGAAUUUUCAAUUUUUAACAAUAAUAACAGAAGCACAGAAAAAUACCCAAUGGAUUAUAACAUUUUUAUAAGUGAAAAAUAUGAUUACUUGGGCUCUGAUAGCAUGAUCGUAACAAAUAAAGUCAUCGAAAUUGUUGGCCUUGUAAAUUCAAUGUUCACCCAAUUUAAAGUUACUGUUGUGCUGUCAUCAUUGGAAUUGUGGUCAGAUAAAAAUAAGAUUUCUACAGCUGGUGAGGCAGAUGAAUUAUUGCAUAGAUUUUUAGAAUGGAAACAGUCUUAUCUCACCCUAAGGCCUCAUGAUAUUGCAUAUUUAUUCAU